CCGUGAUGACCUUGCAGUUAUUAUAACUCUAUUAUUACAUAGUAUUUUAGGUACCUUUCUUUCUCUUACAUCAUCAACAUAUUUCAAACCGAUAAGACAUCGUGAAUUCUUAACAACAACUUAUACUAAAAUCAUGGACAUCUAUACACGUGCUCAGACACAAACUCCACAUAGAGUUAGAGAGAUAACUUCAAUACUAGUUUGAGGCUCAGCUGGUUUAGAGCCUUUUCUAUUUCUUUGCAGAUCAGUUAGCUUGUUUUACCUGGGGGCUUCCUACGAGCUUGCCAACCGUUUCUCAGCCUGCAUCUUGGUCCGCACAGGUUUACCUAAUUCUUGAGGGUUCCCGUCUUCUUCCCCUCCUUCACUGUCCAUAUUGCUAGCCAGCAGCAAGCUGUGCUAUAGAUUCCAACCAAACACAAGCAAGCAGUUCAUCUACAUUGUAUAUGUUUCGUAGCUAGAACUAAACCCGACUCAACAACUGAUGACUAGCAUCCACAUAGGUCUUACGCCAGUAUUAGCUAUAUAAUAGCUUUUCAUUAUGCUGAGUUCGACCAAAUCGAACGAUGCCCAAGACCAAAGCGCACCUGCGCAGUUCGCGUCGCGUCCCUUCGCUAAGAGAUAGUGAAAUCGAUCAUGAAAUAAGUCUUGUCGACCACACCGAACCCACUGAGGAGCCUCGGUCUCCUACCUCUGAAAUAGGCAACAACAUCGACCAUUCUGUUUCGAACCAACCUCUUAUACCAUCCGAAAGCCGACCCUCAUCUACCCAACCACCAGAAGCGGAAGAUGGCACGUCGAAACCCGAUAAUGCAGCCGAGGCAGGUCCCUCAGGCGAGCAAGACACAUCCAACACUUCUACAAAAGAUACCGGAUCAAUAACACAAAAAAAAUCCGCCACAAAAGAAAACGGCGUAAAAAUCCACACCAAACGGCGCUCCCGUCUCUCCAAAGAACCCGAAACCUCAAUCGACAUCCUCUACGAGAACCAACGGGGAGGCUUUCUCUGCGGUCUGCCCCUCUUCUCCUCCGCCGCCCUCGGUAACCUAGACCCACCCGCAUGGACGAACUUCGCGCACAAACCAAGUCCAACCGACAUCAACACAGCGCAAGUCCCAGACCCAAGCUGGGAAUGGGCAUGGCCCGCCUGGCGCGUAAACCACGACGACGAAAUAUCGCUCGACGGUGAGGGAUGGGAGUACUCAUUCAUGUUCUCGAAGAAGUUUUCCUGGCAUGGACCUAAGUGGUACAGUUCCUUCGUGCGACGACGCGCUUGGAUCCGGAAGCGCGUCAAGAAAGGGUUCGGAUACCAGGCGAAUGACCCGCAUAUGCUGAACCCGACGUACUUCGCCGUUACCCCGACACGCACGGAAUCGGAGCGUGUGAGUUUGAGUCAAGCCGUCAGUCGCGUAUCUCAGGAAACCGGUAAGAGGUCGAGACUAGAAGAUGGUGAAGGAAAAGAGGAUUUAACAACAAUUGAGGAUCUAAUGAUGGUAUUACGACACUCACGCAUCGACCGUGAGAAACUCGAGGCUAUGGAAAAUUAUAUACAGCAUUGCACGGACGAUUUACAGCAAUUGCAAGAUUACAUGCAUGAGAUAAUGUCACUAUUCGUGUUCCAAGCCACACGCCAACUCCUCUUAGCUCGUCUUAUACAAUUACACGACGACCAAACCCAUUCCCAUUCCCAAGCUCAAACUAAAGAGCAAAAGGGGAAAACCCCAGAAACAAAUCAACGGAAAGCCGAGAAUCUGGCGGCGGCUAUUAAACACGCCGAUGAGGAAGUCCGGAAGUUGGAGUACUGGAGCGAUAUCAAGGGGAUGGCGGAAAGUGGUGAGUCGAGGGGUGCGGUGGAUUGUGGUGAGGGUUGGGAUCGUACGUGGGAGGGUUUGGAUAAUAGUGGACCGAAAGGUGUUAGGGAAGGGGAUACACUUCCGUGAUAGCUUCUACGUGUUUGGAAUAUUGGGAUUGUGUUUAUGGCUUAACGAAAUAAGAGAGCGGGUUUUGGAGCAAUUCCAAGCAAGGGAGUCUUUUGGGAUACCAUUGAAAUAGGUGGUGUUGUUCGGUCGGUCGAUGGAAGGUUACGUUGUAUCUGAUAAUAUUAGAAAUGAAAUAAAAAUCAAGAUAACUACC